ACUUCCUUAAUUUGCAUCGUUUAUGUAUCACGUGCCUUCAAUUGACUGUUUUCGUAAACAAUUUAUUCUCAGGUGAAAAUGGCGGCAGUGGUUUUUACCGUUGUAUCAAUAGUACUUCAUAUCCACAGGAGUACCGGACAAAGUUACUGUAGUGACGACCAGUUCAUCUGCUGGUCCGAUUUCACCUGCCUCGACCCUAGCUACAAGUGUGACGGGGAUGUGGACUGCUCCGACGCGUCGGACGAGAAGGGCUGUGGGGAUAUUCUGAGAGAGUGUCACUGCAAAUACCAGCCUGAGUGUAGAUCAAGUGCUUCUUGUGACUUUUUCGGGUGUCAAGAUGGCUGGGAGGGCUAUAGAUGUGCAUUCAAAACAAGAGACAAGAUCGCCACUACAUUUAGUCCAACCAGCACCCAAUCACAGUUGGAUACGUCAUAUGAUUGUCACUGUCUUGACCAAUCAGAAUGCAAUGAUAGAUUCUACGGCAGUUCAUGUUACUGCCAGGAAGGUUGGAAGGGCAUUCGCUGCAGUGAAAAGGUUUCCUACAUAACCAGUGAAUCUCUGGGGCUGAUAGGCGGUGUAAUUAUCGUGCUCCUGGUCAUCAGUGUAGUUGGACUGCUAGCGUUCUGCGUCAAUCGUGUAAAAAGAUGGAGAGGAUUAAGGGGGCAUGGUUUGCCCUACAGGGGACUGACGAAUUCCCAGGAGAGCAUCGAGAGGUCAUCGGUUUCCGCGAUCCCCCCGCAUUUAUCCUCGGCCCCUCCUGCCUAUGAAGAUGUCGUAAGCCAAGGAACAGGACAGAAUUCUGGCAGAAAUCAGAUGGAGCCACCCCAAAAUCAUGAACAGGAUGCAGCGCCCCCUUCCUAUGAGUCCAUCAUCAAAAACCAGCAGGAUCAGGAAAUCCAGCUACAGAGACAACCAGUCCCGGAAAGCACAGCCAGCGAAACGAGAGAACCAGUCCAAGAACUUACAACCAGCGAAACUGGAGAUCCCGUCCCGGAAAACACAACCAGCGAAACCAGAGAGCCGGGUUUGGAAUCAUUGGUGAUUGUUCAGAUUCAGGAUGAACGUGACACACACGAUAUUCCCGACAUAGGCAGUGACCGGGACUUGAUUAUCUCCAUCCGGUGAUGUUUUGCGACAGCAGUUUAUAUUGCAUUUUAACCUUGAUCGGUGGUAUCAAUUUAAUUGAUACUUGUUGCAUGCAUUUAUACGAAGUUCAUUAGUUGAAACUGAUUAAAUCAGAUGUAGUGAAAAUUAUAUAACAAUGAUUGAGCAAUAGACACUUACGUUAUCGCCAAAGAACAUGGAUUCAUUUAAUAUGUAUAAAGCUCAAAAGACAAAGGAUUUACUUUUUUUUAAUCCAGCUUUUAUCAUUCAUAUACUUGUAUUCAAACAAUUGUUAUAUACUAUUCUAAUUUUUAUAUUCCGAAUUUAUACAACAACUGUGACUAUGCAUAAUAAAUUAAACGUUAUUUUUAAAAAA